AACGCAGGAUUAAUGGGCAUCAACAUCAACCAAAGUCAGUAAGAGGAUAAAGCUCAAGUGGAAAGAGCACAAAUAGACGUGGUCAAGAGCACCUGCCGUCCACACGGAGCAUUUCAUUUGUUUGUGUCUGCAGAGAAGCAGCUUCUGUCGUCUGCCGAUUUCAAAAACUGUGACUGAACCCGAGAAUGAAGCUCCUGCUUGGUUUGACACUUCUGGCGGCGACGCUGAGCGUCUUCAACUCCGCUCCGGCCGAUGAGUCCAAGGCCGUCUCCGAUGACACCUUAAAACAGUUGUCCGUGGAUGGCGAGAGGCUCGUGGAUAAGGAGGUGAGGAGAGCUCUGUACGGGGUGAAGCAGAUGAAGGAGGUGCUGUGGAGGAACGGGCAGAAGCACGAACACCUCAUGAAGUCGCUGAGACACAGCAGCGACAAGAAGAAAGGAGCAGAACAGCUGGCUAAGGAGGUGACGGAGAAGCUGGAGGAGGCGGAGGAGCAGUGCAAAGACUCCCUGCAGUCUGAGUGGGAGGAGUGCAGACCCUGUCUGGAGGACGCGUGUAAAAGCUUCUAUACCUCCACCUGCCGCAGGGGCUUUGCUACUUUCCACACUAAGGUGGAAACCUUUUUCCAAAGAGUCUCUAGGCGCUUCGGCCGCCGCGAGCCCCGCACGGAGGCCGGGGACAUCCUGGUGAACCAGGGCCCGGACACCACGGACUCCGAGGUCACCCGCGUCGAGGACUCCUUCAACCGCCUGGUCAGCAGAGUGGGGACGCUGGUGAACCGCAGCAUCACCCUGGCGUCCAGCGUGAGCGGCAGGCUCGACAAAGUCCUCCAGACAGCCUUGCUGAACGGCUCCGACGUCCCGGUAGAGGAAGCCACCUCGGAUCCCUUCUACCCCGGCCGGGACUCGGGCUUCCUGCAGGGCGUGGGGCUGGAGGAGGUGCUGGAGUCCUUCUUCGAUUUUGGCAAGAGCGUGGUGGAGGAGUUCGGAGCCGUGGUGACUCAGGCGUUGGACGACGUCCACGAGGCAGUGGAGGAGGAGAAGAAAGGCGGAAAGAAAAGUUUCCCUCGUUUCCUGCAGAACAUGAAAUUGUGCCGAGACCUUCGCAGACAGACAUCAGAGUGCUGGCAACUGCAAAACCAGUGCGAGGCCUGUCAGGGAGCUCUGCUCUCAGAGUGUCCCAGCGUCCGGGAUCUGCACGUGGAGCUGGACCAAGUGUCUCAGCUGCUGGACGUUUCCAGAGAGCAGUAUGAAGAGAUCUUGUCCAUCGUCCAACAGCACACCGACGAAACGGUCAACUGGCUCAGCAACAUGGCGGCCGAGUUCAGCUGGGUUGGUCAGGCCGCGAGCAACGGAAGCACUCCCCAAAAUAUCUUCCGCAUCACCAUGGUGGCGCCAGAGAGCCACAGCGAGCAGAACAUGUCUGUGACCGACACCAAGGUGGAGGUGAACAUCCUGAACUCCCCCCCACUCAUCCUCACCGUUCCCGGGGAGCUGGACCUGCAGGACGACGCCUUCAUCCAGUACGUGACGCAGGAGGCUCUGGACAAGUACAAGGAGAUGGUCAGCAGGUUUGAGGAGAAGUAAAACUUCUGAAGCGUCUUUUCAUGCAGAACUUUAACUGUGGGCAGAAUUAGAUCGUGUUUGUGAAGUAGGCAGAAUCAUCUUGCUGAAACAUAAUAAAUCAGUGCACUUAAAUGAACGUAAAAAGGAAGUAAAUGUACCACGUACCUGUCGUCAACCAAUGGCAGUAAAUAAAAACUUGUGUCAUGUG